UGUUAAAAAAUUUACAAAAAUUAUAUCAUGAGAAUAUACAACAUGAAUUCAUUUUCCAAACCGUGUUUUUGUCUUACCCUGAAUCUUUAUGAUUCCCUUGUCCCAUCAUGGGGGUUCUUAAGCCCGUCUGAUCUGCAAUGAGGUCAUCUGCUCCGCCGUGGUUCUCAAGCCUGUCUGACCUGCUAUGGUGGUCAUCUACUCCGCCGUGGGGAUUCUCAAGCCCGUCUACCUGGCCGUCUAUCCAGUCAUCUUUGUUCUGGCCAUCUGCCCCACUCCAAUCUUUGGGUCACCUUCCUUUCCAUGGACCUGGCCCUCCAUCCCGCGCCCUGUUCCGCCUCCGUUCCACCUCCCUACAAGAUUUAGGAGUGUCUGGAAGCCACUCCUUGGGGGGGCUUCCAGACAAUAAGUGUCACGCUUGCGCAGAAAAAUGACUUAUACGCUUCAGUGCAUUAUAACUGAACGACAGACAAACAAACGCGUUACAAAACAUUGAGACAAAACAUCCAGUGAAAUGUCAGAAUCUGAAUAAGAAUGUUGCUCCAUCCCAAGCUCCUCCUCUCUUCAGUCAGGAUUGGCCUUAUGAUUCCCCUGAAUCAAACUAAUUCUUGAAAUAUGUGUACAUGUUAAAUUAUUGACAUUAAUUAUAUCUGCAUAUGUUGGUUCUGUUCUGUUUACCCUUGGGUUAUUGCUGCUCUCCCUGCUCUUAUCCAUGCAUGGAUGUGCAAGGAGUUCUUGCCCACAAUAUAACCAUACCGCCAAUACAAACUCUAUGCAAUUAUCAAUCAUAUUGACGAUAGUGGUCCUAACAGAAUAAGAAUUAUAUUGUUUGUUUGAUGCUAAUUAUAUAAUAACAUAUUAUUUCAUUAUAUAAUGACAUAUGUAUUUCAUUAUAAAAGAAAACAUAGCACAGAAAAUGUCCAUUGCAAUAAGGAAAAAAAACAUUUGAAUGCAGAUCAGAUGAUAAUAAAAUAAAUAAUCUAUUUAAAAAUUACAUUGUUAUUGUCAGACUCAGACGGGAACAAGAGGGGUAACCAGAUAACGACCAGAUGGGGGCGACGACGACGGGGUCUACCUCGACCCCGAGGAGCAGGGCAGUCCAGAUGGCCGGUAUGAAACUGGGUUAGAAGUGUGGGGUUGAGGAUGUCAUGACGGUUGACCCAGGAACAUUCCUCUGGGCCGUAGUCCUCCCAGUCUACAAGGUAUUCCAGCAUUGGACCCUGUUGUCUAGAGUCGAGAAUCGCCCACACCCGGUAGAUGUUUUCCUCCUCAGUGAUGUCAUGAGGAGGAGGUACCACAUCAUCACUGGGAUCUGUGGAGGGAGGAGACAAGGGUUCAGUGUGAAGCUUUAAGAGUGAGAUUUGAAAUGAAGGUGAGAUGCGAUACUGAGGUGAUAAGUUGUUUACAUGACUUGGAGAACCGAUCCACAAUCACGAAGACACAAGUGUAGUGGUUUGAGGUAAGUUGAGCCAGUAGGUUACUUCAUUGAGCUGCCUCUGGAUGGUGAAUGGACCUAUGUACCAGGGACUCAGUUUGGGGCAAGGCAGUCGGAGACGGAUGUCCCGCGUCGAGAGCCACACCUUCUAGCCAGGUUGGUAAUGUGGAGUAAGGCCUCUUCUGGCAUCCACUUGCUCCGAACUGCCUGCUGGAGGUGUAGAUGAGCCGAGUCCCACACUCUCUCGCUCUGCUGGAACCAGUGGUUGACAGCUGGAACCUCGAAGGGCUCACCCGAUCAGAGGAAGAGAGGAGGUUGGAAGCCCAGGAUGCACUGAAACGGGGUGAGCGCUGUGGUGGUCUGCUGGAGGGAAUUCUGGGCAUACUCCACCCAGGGCAGGAACUGGCUCCAGCUGUCCUGGUUCCGGUGGCAAUACAACCGCAGGUACCUCCCGAUCUCCUGAAUCUUCCGCUCAGUCUGGCCAUUGGUCUGUGGAUGGUAUCCAGAAGACAGGCUGACGGACACUCCUAGGAGCUUGAAGAAGGUUUGCCAGACUCUGGAUAUAAACUGAGGACCCCGAUCCGAGACAAUGUCUUCUGGAAUGCCAAAAUGGCGAAACAUGUUAUGGAACAAAUCUUCUGCUGCUUCUAGAGCUGUGGGUAUACCCUUGAGGGGAAUUAGCUUACAUGACUUGGAGAACCGAUCCACAAUCACAAAGACACAAGUGUAGUGGUUUGAAGGUUGGAGGUCAGUUAUAAAGUCAAUCCCGAGGUGAGUCCAUGGUCAUGUGGUAUGGGCAGUGGGAGGAGUUUACCCUCUGGGAGCCUCCUAGGAGUGUCGGCAACGGCACAGACUGAGCAUCCUUUGAUGUGUCGGGACACAUCCUGGGUCAUGGAUGGCCACCAAUAUUGUUGCCGCAGAAGUGAGAGGGUACGUGUACUGCCUGGAUGUCCAGAGUCCGGAGAGGAGUGAGCUAAGUCCAUGAGGGGCUGACAAUGGGUCGGUGGAACGUAGAGGAGCCCCUCAGGACCUCCCACGGAGCAGGCUCGGAGGAAUUAGCCUCGUAGAUUUGUUGGUUGAUGGUCCAUUAAAUGGGGCUCACUAUCAUGGCUGAAGGGAGGAUGGUCUUGGGGUCUGAGUUCUCGGGUUCAGGCUGGAACAGAUGAGAGAGAGCAUCAGCUUUGCAGUUCUUAUUUCACGGAUGGUAGGUGACUGAGAAAUUAAACCUUGUGAAGAAUAAGAAGGGGCCAGUUGAGGAUGGUUUCCACCUUCCUCUGGUCCAUUUGGAUGCCAUGUUGAUCUAUGAUGUAACCAAGGAAGUGAAUGGAGGUGGUAUGGAACUCGCACUUCUCCAGCUUGAGGUACAGGUGAUGGUCGGCCAGGUUCCGGGAGUAGAUGAGGAUAUCAUCGAUGUAGACAAUCACGAACUGAUGGAGGAACUCCCGGAACACCUCAUUCAUAUAAUUCUGGAACAUGGAGCGAGAGUUGGACAGGCCAUACGGCAUUACCCGGUACUUGUAGUGGCCUGAAUGGUGUUACGAAGGCAGUCUUCCACUCAUCCCCUCGGCGAAUAUGAAUGAGGUUGUACGCACUCCGCAGGUCCAGUUUGGAGAAGAUGCAAGCUCCCCGUAGCUGUUCCACAGCAGCUAGGACCAAAGGAAGGGGAUAGCUGAACUUUACAGUCUGGGAGUUUAGGUGACAGUACUCAAUGCACGGCCUCAAGCCUCCAUCCUUCUUGGCCACGAAGAAGAAGCUUGAAGCGGCAGGGAUGUCGCUCCAUUUCAGGAUCUCACCAUUGUUCCAUUGAAUAUGUGGUUGAUGUUGUGUUAACCAGGGGUGUCCCAGGAUUACAUCAGUAGUAGAUCCUUCCAGCACUAUGAUCGUGAUUUCCUCUGAAUGCAGGCAGCCGAUGCGGAGCGUCAGCGUGGGAGAGAAGUGUUUGAUGCGACCAUGACCCAACGGCUUUCCUUGAAUGGUUUGGAUCCCGAGAUCUUGUUGACAUUGUUUUCGGCGUACAUUCAAUUUCUGAAGAACUUGGGUUCUGAUGAAGUUUCCCACUGAACCAGAGUCUAGGAGGGCUUGCACUGAAAAACGGACGUGAGAGUUUAACAGUUGGACAGUAGUUCUUGUAAGAGGUGCAAUACGGGCUGGAACAUGAAUGGUACUCACCGCUGGGUGUGGUGGUCGGAUGGGACAGACCGCAAUGACAUGGCCUUCUCCCCCACAGUAGAGACAGAGCCGAUAUUGAAUUCUUCUUUGACGCUCCGCUCGGGUAAGGCGAAAGGAAUCCACCUGCAUCUGUUCAGGUGCUGGAAGGGCGACAGAUGGUGAGGUAGGCUUUCCUGUAGCUCAGUGGUUAGAGCAUGGCACUAACAAUGCCAAGGUCAUGGGUUCGAUCCCAGGGAUUGCACAUACUCAGACACAAAUGUAUAGUAUAAUGCAAUGUAAGUCGCUUUGGAUAAAAGCGUCUGCCAAAUGCAUAAAUGUAUAUAUAGGGCUGGGACAAUACUAUCGAUGCAUCACGAUUCAUGGAUCAUUUCUGAUAUUUUCCAAAUACAUGGCAAAUCAAUUCUGAGCUUAGUUUUUAUCAGCAGAUGGCGCUCUAUGCUAUUUUCUAACCGCAUGCUCAAAUGCUUAUGAAGAAGAGCGCUCGUGCAUUCGGCUGAGUCUGACAAUGUAUUUGCUUUUAUGACGUGAGAUUAAUGUAAACAGCCCACUGCACACACACUUGUAAUUCACUUCAACCUUUUCGAACUUUAUGAAUGAUUAUUUUAUAGAAGGUUCAAGUGGUGUGUGUGAGGAACUGGAAGGAAGCAGAGUACAAUUGUUUCUAAAGCACGCAGUGCCAUCUGCUGUUGAAAACUAAGCUCAGAAUCGAUUCGAGAGAGAAUCGCGAUACAUACAGAAAAUAUCAGAAUGCAUCAAUGUAGUCCCAGCCCUAAUAUAUAUUAUACAUCUCUGAAGUAAACCAACCCUGGAUCAUGAGCUGCUCUGGAGCAGGUUAUGUUCAGAGAGUAAGCUGCUAUGGCUACUUACAUACCCUGAAAGUUACCUCCAUUUUUGGAACUGAAAGUUGAUGUUAUCUGCUUACUUACUCUUAAACAUACCCAGGUAUGUCGCAUAACCUGCUUUCUGGAAUACCCCCUGGCAUCAGUACCAGCAACGGCCAAGAAUAUGUUUCCUUUUAGCGUAUUAAGAGGAAACAACAUCAUUUCCGUGCGGAAAGUUUUUUGAUGAUGUUUCAUGAUGAUGUUUCAUGAUGUUUUUUAAAAUUGACUGAGCAAAAGAUGACGGGUCUCAUUGCAUUUAAAUAAUUUGAUCCCCCUUGUUAUGUGUGGGAGAGCUUGUGAGCUAUUCAAUAUAUUUUUGGGUUGUUAGAAACUUGUUUUCAUUGGGCACAGAAUACUUGAAGGAAAUUCAUCCCCUGCGCAUUUUCAUUGGGUAAAUGUGUAUGUACAAACCCAGAUUUACAGUUUCUAUCAAUUACUCAGACACUAAAAUUCAUUAUAUUAGCCAAAUAUCCUAAAACAAAAAGACUAAUUUCUCUAAAUUAUAAACACUAUUUAUAUUUUUUUCCAAACUUUAAACACAAAGUCAAAGUCAUGCUGAAAGUCAAUGACAUCACACAAUCCUCUUGAACACUAAUAACAGAAAAUAAAGCAUCAACAAGUGCAGACAUUUCCCAACAGUACAGCUGUAAUGACUCUGAUGAAUAAAUUAAUUUCUUUACUUACAAGAUUGAUACUAACUGUCUACCACAGUAUCGCAUCAGACAUCGUGCUGCAGACCCCCUGAGGAACAAUUCCAUUCAUUUGUUGCUAUAGGAGAGGAAGAACUGUUUAAAUGUUUAAAUCUAAAUCAACAACAUGUACACGUAUGUUAGACCCUAUACUGACUAAGCUACUGAAAGAGAUGCUUCCAGAAGUCAGAAAUCCCAUUCUUAAUAUCAUUAAUUCAUCUUUGUCAUUAGGAUACAUAGCGCAAACUUUCAAGGUGGCUAUUAUUAAGCCUCUCAUUGAAAAAACACAACUUACUCCUAGUAAAAUUAAUUACAGACUGAUCUCAAAUCUCCCUUUCCUGUCAAAAACUCUAAAAAUGGCAGUUUCCUCACAACUAUGUUCCUUCUUAGAAAGAAAUGGUAUCUGUGAGGAUUUCCAGUCAGGGUUUAGACUGUAUAAAUGAUUUGCUCUUAUCAUCAGAUCGUGGUUGUAUCUCUCUGUUAGUGUUACUGGAUCUCAGUGCUGCAUUUGAUACUAAUGACCACCACAAAUUAUGUUGGCAUUAGUGGAAUUGCAUUGGCAUGGUUCAAAUCAAGUAAAUGUAGCAGUAAAUGAUGAGGCGUCAUAUCGAUCGCAAGUUAAGUGUUUAUAUGCCUUAGAAACCUAAAUGUCCCCUACUCUUUGGCCAAAACCACAGUGUGUUUGAAUCAUGUCCGAAUAUAACAAAAGGGGAAAUGACACUAUAGAUAGUUGUUGUCUAGUUCCAUAAACUCAUGACUUCGAGUAACAAAGUGAAGAAAUCAAGAAAACCAGAUUUGCUUUUAGAAGGGUUUGCUGAAUUACACAGAUUAAGAACUAAACACAAGUAGAAAAAUGAUGUAAUGAAUCAUGUCACAUUUGCCAUGCUACUAUUCUAUAAAAACUGUUGUAUUCUUUUUGCUGGUGGGAUUUUCUAUGAAAUUGGUCUGAGAUCCUCCCCAUCCAUACUGAUUGCUUGUCUGGAGUCUUGUCUGAUUAGGUUAGUGAAACACUAAAGAUCUUAAUCCCAAGUGUUAGUGUUCAAAGGGGGGCAAGACGUCAUCCGACUCAAAGCAAGUUGUCGCCAGUAGACCAUUAGAGUUUGUAAGUGUCGAUUAAGAGACACUACACUUAGUUUAACUUAAGUCAGGUGCAUAGGGAAAUUUCUUCCACAACACUCAGCUUUAUAUUUCUUUGACGGAAUGCAUAGUUGAUAUAAAAAAAGGGAUGACUAUUAACUUCCUACUCAUUUACGAUGAACUCAAAGUAGCAAAAAAAACAAACAAAAAAACACUCAAGCAAUGCAAGUUGUCAUGGCAUGUGGCAUCCAAAUUGUGGAAAGGCUGCUCACUUAAGAGCCAGUGGGUAGAGUUUGAUGGUCUAACCACACCCUAAGCCUGCCCAUAACUCCACGCAUUAGGUGACGUCAUUUGGCUCUGCAAAUUUUUAACAACCAGCACAAACAUGUUGAUGCCACUAUCUCUUGAUAAAGAUCACUCAUUUAUCAUCAAAAGUUAGAAAGACCACACCCCAAACUUAUUUAAAAACUUUAAAAAGCCACAGGUGUGAGAGCGGAGAACCUGUUGUACUUUUCCUUCCAUACAAGCAGAAUGUUCACGUACACAGUGUCUGUCGCCACUGGCAACCAGGAUUUUGCUGGGACAAUUGAUUAUGUUUACCUGACGCUGGUGGGUACGGAGAGAUGCAAUGACCAGACUCUACUAGACAAAUCUUAUUUUGAUCGUUUUGCAAGAGGAUCGGUCAUGUCCUUUGAUGUCAGUGUGAAGGAGACCCUUGGACAUAUUGUGCUGGUGAAACUUGAGAAGAAGAAAUUCAUGUUCAAUAAUCAGUGGUACUGUAAAUAUAUCAAUGUGACAUCACCCUCUGGAGACAGCUUUGAAUUCCCCUGUUAUCGCUGGAUAGGGAAUGAAAAGGAAGUUUCUCUCCGAGAAGGCAUAGCUCGAUUGCCUCAGGAUGAUCAAACCAGUUCGCUAAAAGAGCACAGGCACUCAGAACUGGAAUCCAGACAACAACUGUUCAGGUGGAAUGAGUGGCGCCCUGGUUUCCCCAUGAGCAUAGAUGUCAACUCAAGCAAUGAACUUCCUUCGGACAUUCAGUUUGAAGCAGCAAAAACUGUGGACUUCAAUUCGAAUUUCAUUAUAGCGAUCACGAAUCUUGGUCUUAAUAAACUAAUGAGCUUGUUCCAGUCCUCUUGGAAGGAUAUUGCAGAUUUUGGAAAAAUAUUUUUGAAUAUCAAGAACCACGUGUCAGAAUAUGUGAUGCAGAACUGGAAUAAGGACUCCAUGUUUGGCUAUCAGUUCUUAAACGGCUGCAAUCCUGUGAUGAUCCGUAAGUGCAUGAAACUUCCAGACAAUUUCGCAGUCACGCAGGAGAUGGUGAAGGGCUCCCUGGAUAGAGGUCUCACACUACAGGAAGAAUUAAAGGCAGGAAACGUCUACAUCACAGACUAUGCGAUUCUGGAGGGAGUUCAAGCCAAUGCCACAGACCCGAAUACCCAGCAGUAUUUGGCUGCUCCCUUCUGCCUGCUGUACAAGAACAGCCAGAAUGAAAUUGUGCCGAUUGCUAUUCAGCUCAGUCGUCAGGCCACUGCUGGGGAGGGGAACACUGUCUUUCUCCCAAGCGAUAAUCAGUAUGACUGGAUGCUAGCCAAGAUGUGGGUGAAAUCCUCCGACUUUAACUUCCACCAGCUGGUCACACACCUUUUCAGGACUCAUCUGAUAUCUGAAGUUUUUGCCAUAGCCAUGUACAGACAACUCGCUGCGGUCCAUCCGAUAUACAAGUUACUGAUACCUCAUGUCCGUUUCACCAUUGCCAUCAACACUGCAGCUCGUGAACAACUCAUCAGUGAAUCUGGGGUCUUUAACAAGUCUAAUAGCGCUGGUGAACCUGCAAUUGUGGAAGUGAUUCAAAAGGCCAUGAAGACUUUAACCUAUAAGUCCCUGUGCUUGCCUGAGGCCAUGAAAGCUCGAGGAGUGGAAGAUCUGCCCAACUACUACUACAGAGACGAUGGCAUGAUGGUCUGGGAGGCAAUGAAAAAUUUUGUUUCUGAUGUGGUGAAGAUCUAUUAUGGCAGUGAUGAGAACGUUCAGAAGGACAAGGAGAUUCAAGCAUUUGUUAAGGAUGUUUGCUUUGGUAUGAAGAAUUGUGAGUUUCCGGAUUCCCUGAAAACUCAGGAUCAGUUGGUCGAGCUCCUGACUGUUGUGAUUUUCACAGCUUCAGCACAACACGCUGCAGUCAACUUUGGACAGUAUGACUGGUUCGCCUGGGUCCCAAACAGCCCUUCCACCAUGCGGAAGCCCCCUCCUGCACAGAAGGGCCAGGUGGAUAUGAAGUACAUCAUGGAGAGUCUGCCGGACCGCGGACGUUCCUCUUGGCAUCUCGGAGCAGUUUGGGCCCUCAGUCAGUUCCAGGACAAAGAGCUGUUUUUAGGAGAGUAUCCAGAUAAGUACUUCACUGAACAACCGGUCAUGAAAGCCAUCGAGACUUUCCGCAAGAAAUUAGCUGAAGUGACCAACAUCAUCAAGAGCCGAAAUGAAAAUCUGAAACUGCCCUAUUGCUAUCUGUCUCCGGACCAAAUCCCCAACAGUGUGGCCAUCUGAGAGUUUGCAAACCCUGUUUGCAGCUAUUUUAGCCAGUUUAUAGAGAAAAGGCAGAGAAAAACUUAACUGGCCUAUUUCACAACAUGACACAAUCAACAAAAUAAUUGCUGUAGUAACUGUAAGGAUUUUAGUGCAAAUGCUAAUCUGGAUGAAAAUAAUACAAAGUUACAUAUAUCAAGAAGUUAAUGUCUACACAAAAUAAAAAUAAUAAUGAUAAUAAUUGUGCAAGUAUUCAAUUUACAUGACUUAUUUCCUUUCUGUUGUCAUUUAAUCUUAUGAUUGUGGGGACUGUGUGUUUGUUUUAAAGGUUUUUAACAUCACAGGAUGAAGUUGUCUUGUUUUUUCAUUGCUUGUGCUUUGGUAUAUUAACGCUUGCUGAAAUUGUACUGGUCAGAUGAAACAUGCACAACUAAGAUUAUUCAAUAAACCAAAUCAUUUUCACCAUCACUUCAUCGCCAGAUAUAAUUUAUAUCCGCUUACAAAAUUAAUUUCAAGU